AUGAGGGCGUCCGUGCCGGGUCCGGAGGCCGGCCGCGAGCCCUCCACGCCCGGCGGGGGCGGCGGAGGCGCCGCGGUGCCGGGCUCCGUGCAGUUGGCGCUGAGCAUCCUGCACGCCCUGCUCUACGCCGCGCUCUUCGCCUUUGCCUACCUGCAGCUGUGGCGGCUGCUCCUGUACCGUGAGCGGCGGCUAAGUUACCAGAGCCUCUGCCUCUUCCUCUGUCUCCUGUGGGCAGCGCUCAGGACCACCCUCUUCUCCGCCGCCUUCUCGCUCAGCGGCUCCCUGCCCCUGCUCCGGCCGCCCGCUCACCUGCACUUCUUCCCCCACUGGCUGCUCUACUGCUUCCCCUCCUGUCUCCAGUUCUCCACGCUCUGUCUCCUCAACCUCUACCUAGCGGAGGUUAUAUGUAAAGUCAGAUGUGCAACUGAACUUGACAAACACAAAAUUCUGUUGCAUUUGGGCUUUAUAUUGGCAAGCCUUCUCUUUUUAGUGGUGAACUUGACUUGUGCAAUGCUAGUCCACGGAGAUGUCCCAGAAAAUCAGUUGAAAUGGACUGUGUUUGUUCGAGCAUUAAUUAAUGAUAGCCUGUUCAUUCUUUGUGCCAUCUCUUUAGUUAGUUACAUAUGCAAAAUUACAAAAAUGUCAUCAGCAAAUGUCUACCUCGAAUCAAAGGGUAUGUCUCUGUGCCAGACUGUUGUCGUAGGCUCUGUAGUCAUUCUUCUCUACUCUUCAAGGGCAUGUUAUAAUUUGGUGGUGAUCACCAUAUCUCAGGAUACAUUAGAAAGUCCAUUUAAUUAUGGCUGGGAUAAUCUUUCAGAUAAGGCUCAUGUAAAAGACAUAAGUGGAGAAGAGUAUAUAGUAUUUGGAAUGGUCCUCUUUCUGUGGGAACAUGUGCCAGCAUGGUCGGUGGUACUGUUUUUCCGGGCACAGAGAUUAAACCAGAACUUGGCACCUGCUGGCAUGAUAAAUAGUCACAGUUACAGUUCCAGAGCAUACUUCUUUGACAAUCCAAGACGGUAUGAUAGUGAUGAUGACUUGCCAAGACUGGGAAGUUCAAGAGAAGGAAGUUUAUCAAAUUCACAAGGUUUGGGCUGGUAUGGCACCAUGACUGGGUGUGGCAGCAACAGUUACACAGUCUCUCCCCACCUGAAUGGACCUAUGACAGAUACUGCUCCUUUGCUUUUUACCUGUAGUAAUUUAGAUAUGAACAAUCACCAUAGCUUAUAUGUAACACCACAAAACUGA